AUGCCUUGUCCUGUGGGGGGAUGCCAAUGUCCGUUCUAUAAAAAUCAAGUAAUGCCUGAUCGUGCAUUUAAAAAAGAACUAGAUUCAGUUCCAGUUAUUUGUGGUCAUAAAGUGGACGCGAACUGUUCGUGGAAAGGACCAUUGAAAAGCUAUCAAGAACAUCUAGAUCAGUCUCACAUUCAUUUCCCUUGUGACCUGUGCCAUGAACUAUUUUCAUCAAGACAAACAUUAGAAGAUCAUAAAGCAAAAUCAUGUUCAGCUCUCUUUCAAGCAUGUCCUUUAGCACCACUCUGUUGUCAAGAAAUGAUUCGAAUCGACGAAUUUUCAAACCAUUUAUUGAGUGAAAAACAUCAAGAAACUCUUGCUUUAAUUUUAAUUGGAAAACGUGAAAUUCCAGAAACAUCUGAUCAAGAUCAAUCAAUGGAAUCAACUUCAUUGAAUAAUGAACUUGAACAACAAGCCUCGGAAAAAUUAUCUGAUUUAGCUGAAAAAGUUCAAAAAUUGAAUGACGAUACAGUUGAAUUAAGUCGUGAUUUUGUUAAAUUAAAUGAACUUUGUCAAGCAGCUGUUCAAGAAGUUAAUCAUUUUCAAAGAGCAGCUAAUGAAAGAAAUACAGUCAUGUCUAGUUUACAACCAAAACAAGACGGUAUACAGAAAGAAAUUGAACAAUUGAAGCAAAAUUUUGAAGAAAAUCAACAUGUAUCAACUGAUGGUACAUUAACAUGGCGUGUUGAUCGUGUAGCAGAACGAAUGGCUGAUGCUCAAUCAGAACGACAACCAAGUAUUUAUUCUCCAAUAUUUUAUUCAUCACCAACUGGUUAUAAAAUGCGUGCACGUUUAUAUUUAUAUGGCGAUGGAGAAUUUGAUGCUUUACUUCCAUGGCCAUUUUCUUACAAAGUAACAUUUUGUUUAUUUGAUCAAACAGGCAACAACCGACAUAUUAUCGAUUCUUUUCGUCCCGAUGUUAAGUCUACGUCAUUUCAACGUCCUCAAAACGAUGCUAAUGUAGCCAGUGGUAUUCCGAAAUUUUUUCCUCUUCCAAUGAUUCAACAGGAUGAUAAUUCUUACGUACGAGAUGAUAUACUUUUUCUCAAAAUUAUUGUUGAUCUUAAUGAAACACCGAAAAUGAUAUUGCCAUUCAUGUUGACACUUAAUCCUGGUCUGCCAAAUCACGUACAGCAAGUUUUAAUUAAUCAAGAAAAAGCCAAACGGGAUCAGCAACAGAACAGCCUCAAUGCACUUGCUGCAACACAAUCAUCACCCACGAAUGUUUGCGGAUAG